ACGUGUAGCUGACUUGUGAAUUUCCAUCGCUUCUACGAGAAUAAGUGCGUUUUAUUAUGAAAAUGAUACAACAGUAAAAACGCGGAUGCCACACGCAGCAGGUUGGAAUCACUGGAUAAUUAACGUUAUGCCAUGACGUUAUAUAUUUGAUUAACCUAAUUAAGGAUUUUUAAAAUGAGAAGAUGACCGAGGCAUUCAGCAGCAGCGCGGAGGCCGUCCUCCAGCGCUCAGUGGACGGAACCGCGGGGAAGAGUGCUCCGCUGGACAGCCUGGAAGAGUUGUACCAGAUAAGAAAGACCUGUGACUUCAUCAUCCAGCAUCAGUUUAGAAAGGUGGCGCUGCAGUUUCCUGAUGAACUGUUGGUGGACUCCGUUUCGAUAUCUGCAGCGAUAGAGAGCGAAACACAAGCUAAAUUCUUCAUCCUCGGAGACACUUCCUAUGGCAGCUGCUGUGUAGACAAGGUGGCGGCCGAGCAUGUUGGAGCUGAAUGCAUCAUACACUAUGGCAGGGCAUGCCUCAGCCCAUCUAAAAGGUUGCCGCUGAUGUACAUCUUUGAGAGACGACCGGUGGACUUGGACAAGUGUAACUCGGCCUUCAGAGACCUCUACCCCGACAAACAGAGCCAUGUCAUUGUCCUGUAUGAUGUCAACUAUGCCCAUGUUAUCGAUGAGCUCCUUGCGCUGUUAAUGCCAGACUAUCCAAACGUUGUUGCCUCGACACUUGUGAAGGGGGAGCAGUGCGACAGUCACGGACAGACAGAAGGGCAUCCCAGUGACAGCUGUCAAUCAAACCAGGAUGAAAGUCAAGUUGUGUGCCACUUUGGAAGGCGGUUUGCCCUGAAACCAGAUGUAGACAUAAAGGAUUACGGCAUGUUCUUCAUUGGCCAAGAGGGGGCGACCCUAAGGAACUUCAUGAUGACUUGGAACCGCUGCUCCUUUAGUUCCUUUGAUCCCUCAACAGCAACAGGGCAGGCACAAUCUGUAAGUAUCAACCGGGCCCUGAUGAAGCGAUAUUAUGCGAUCGAGAGAGCAAAAGAUGCCAACGUGGUGGGCAUCUUGGUUGGCACGCUGGGUGUGGCCGACUACCUCAGCAUUAUCCAGCAACUGAAGGAGACCAUCCACAGAGCCGGGAAGAAGAGCUACAUGUUCGCCAUGGGGAAGCUGAACGUGGCCAAGCUGGCCAACUUCCUUGAAAUUGACAUCUUUGUGUUGAUCGCCUGCCCUGAGAACUCCCUGUUGGACUCGAGUGAGUUCUACAAACCCGUUGUGACACCGUUUGAGAUGGAGGUGGCCUGCAACAGGAACAGGGAGUGGUCAGAGGAGUACAUCACAGACUUUCGACUUCUCCUGCCAGGUGGGAAGAGUCACGUGCCAUUAGCUAGCGAGGAGGAGGAGGAGUGUGACGACACCGACAUGUCACUUAUCACAGGAGCUCUCCGAAGCAGACACCUGUCACCCAUCGGGUCUGCGAUGCCCCCUACAGGCUCCUCCGUGGUCCUGAGGAACCAGGCGCUCACUUUGGCCAACACCGACCCAGCCGCCUCUUUUCUGGCAGGACGGAGCUGGCAGGGUUUGGAGCAGAAGCUUGGGGAGACGCCGGUGGUGAAGGCAGUCAAGGGGAGGAAGGGCAUCGCCAUCGCUUAUGAAGAGGAGGGUCAGUCAUCCUGAUGCUUCACCUCCAACCAACAAGAUCUUCCUGUUAAGUCCCAAAUGAUCUCAAGACCAUCACAUUUUAGUUAUUGUUAUUAACGAUAUAUAAUUCACACUGAUGCUCAGGACACGGUUACCAGAACUUCUCUUGUUCUGUAUAUGUUAUUCUAUUUAAAAUGCUGCACGUGAGUAACCCUGAAAUGGUAAAGACGACAUUAUGACAGUAUUCAAAUAUGAGAUUCUGACACUUGGGGCAAGCUUUACAUUGAAAUGGCGUCCAUCCGGCAACACUGGGAGAGAAAUGAUCUGUAAUCAGGAUGAAACGUGUUCAAACCUUGAUAUAUUUUUUUUGCCUGCAAUUUUGCUGCAAAAAAAAAAAAAAAACAUUUGGGGAUUUGUGUAUGAGAGCUAAAGAAAAUACCGAAACAUUUUUACAAAUGAAGGUGCAGCUUUUAAAUAAAUUAAAAAAAAACUACUGUUGACAGCUGAACCAAGAAAAAAAUACCACUGGCAAUAGUUUGUUCAACUUUUCAUGUCAUGGGAUGUGUUUAUUUAGAUAGUUUAUUACGAAUGUCUGUAAUAUUUACACAUAAAAAUUGAAUGAUAUUCGCUAUUCAAACUUGUGAUAUUUCAAAUUACACUGUAGCUGGAGCAGUGAAUACGGAGUGGCCUGUUUGUGUCGAGGAGCGACGUGAUGCUCAGAGAAAACGCCUCUCAUAGAUAAACCGCAGUUGCCAUUUGAAAGUAAAAAGCCUUGCAUGAGAUGUUUGAAUAACUGAACCAGAAUGCUUAUUUUAACCUAACAAUCUUUCACAGCUGAUAAAAAAUACAUCAAAUACACUUUUACUGGAGGUGUAGAUCCAGUUUCACUAUGGAAGUCAUUGGAAAGCACUUUAUUCUGUCUUUAUUUGGUCUUCUUUGACCCCACCGCUGUCACCUUUCUUAUUUUGCGUUGUAAGGCGAGUGUCCUGUCAGCACAUGUUCAUUCUGUGCACGGGACAUUAAGUACUUUUACUAGUCAGCCCACUAUGUGUAUUUAACUAUCUUACAUUGGAUAUUAUUGCCUUUAUUAUUCAAUGUACAGCCUGUUAUUUUUUUCUACUUUAUUUUCCCUUUUCUUUAGCACUGUUAAUAAAGAUGAUCUCAUC